AUGGAUCGUUUCUACCCCCCUCAUGGCUUACCCUCGGAUUCGAUUCCAUUUGGCCGUGGGCUUGGUGAUUUCACCAGACAAACAGAGACCCCUCCCACUUCCGUCUCGGAUGGCGUUCGUUUGGACCCUUCUCACCAUCGUGAUCCCUGUUCGGCAAUCGGGAACUGGACGUGUUCCAGCUCUGCAAGCCCUGGAGAGCCGAUGUUACUGUCUCCUCAGCACCAAUAUUCAUGGAAGAUGGCGCUGCCCCCAUCACUUCCGGCUCCGACCUCUCUACCGGAACGAGGGUUGCCUCGUUUACUGCCAUCUCAUCGUCUUGAGACACCUGCCAGACCAUCCUCGUUGGCGGCAGCUGGUGGCUCCAGGACAAGGCAACUUAAGCCCGGACUACGGCGCCUUGAUGACAGCAAAGCACCAUCAGACUGGCUGUGUGAGCCAGGAUCCAUCUCCUCAUGCUCGCAUGAGUCUACUUCUUCUUAUCGCACUUCAUCGGGGAUGUCACGGUCAGAUGCCUGUGAAACGGCUUGUCCUACAGCAAGCUUGCCACCACCGUCACCGGCAAUCUCGGCGUUAACCUACCCUUCGCUGAAGCUGGAAACGCCGGACUCUCCCGACAGUAUUGAUGAUAAACCUUAUUCUAAGCUUAUCGAAAUGGCCCUCAAGACCAAUCCGGAAAAGAAGCUGUCCCUCCAAGGGAUAUACAACUGGUUCGAACAAAACACAGCAAAGGGGAGAGAUCUCAGCUCAAAAGGCUGGCAAAACAGUGUACGGCACAACUUGUCCAUGAACGCAGGAUUUGAGGCAGUCCGGGAAGAAGCGACACCCGGAAAGAAAGCUGUGAAUUACUGGCGCCUAACUAAUGAAGCCAUCAAGAAUGGCGUCCAAUCCACCACUCGGUACCGGAAGCAGGCGAGUUACAGAAAGGCCUUGGGCUCGGAUCCACCGGCGCCUCAACGCCAGCGAUCCGGGGCUAAGGGAGGGAAAGCUACUAAAAUCAAAUCAAAGUUUCGAGGGCGGAUGAACGGGGAAGAGUUGCCCAAAGGCCGAUACCAUCCACGAGUGACAUCACAGCCGCGACCGACGGAGAAUGUGUUCACGCAUUACAAUACCACUGCGGGAACAUUGACCGGGAUCACAAUAAUGUCACCCUUCCAAGUCUCCGGACUGAGCCCGUCGGGGACUCGCUUAUCCAGCGAGCCAUUCGAUUUGGGAAGCGUUGUUGGCUGCGCAGAUCCCGCUCCAUGUCCUCCCCUUUUUUGCGACAUGGCGGGACCAGGGCCCGACUGUGUAGCGUUGGACUCUGGCUUUCUCGGCUGGGGGGCGGCUGUCCACUCAUUCCCUACUGGCUUACUGGGUGGCCCAAGAAUCUCCACGGAUCUCCAGAUGGGAGUAUAG